GUGCGUCAUUUCCGAAAUGUCCAUGAUGCUAGGAGUUAGCCUGAAGUGGUCCCUCACACUCUGAGGCGUCUCUAUCUGAAACAGUUGCAGCUCUGUGUGUGUAUGGUUUAUUUAAGUGAAGAUUUCUAAUACUGCACAGCUAGCAUGUUAAUGCUAAUGGUUCUCGAAGGUUCUACGCUUUAAACUGCUAAUCCUGAGGAAGUUGUGUCCUGUAAGACAGCUAGCCGGGCACAGCUAGCAGCUCUGCAGCUUUGUACACCUUUGACGUGCUGCACUUGUGUGAGUCUUGAAGCCGUUGUGUACUUUAAGUUCACGUCACCUGAUCAAUCCUCCUCCUCGUACCCUGGCAGACGUUUCUCAGACUCCAGAGCUCUACCACUUCCUUUACAUUUCUUUCAGUGUUAUUUGAAGGCCUCCAGCCGUGUGUGCGAUGACCGAGCCGGAGGUGCUGACCGAAGUCCCAGCGGCGCUGAAGCGCUUGGCCAAGCAGGUGGUGCGUGGUUUCUACGGCAUCGAGCACGCUCUGGCCCUGGACGUGCUGAUCCGCAAUGCCUGCGUGCGUGAGGAGGAUAUGCUGGAGCUGCUCAAGUUUGACCGCAAGCAGCUGCGGUCCGUGCUUAACACUCUGAAAGCCGACAAGUUCGUCAAGUGCCGAAUGCGCGUGGAGACAGCACCGGAUGGCAAGACCACGCGCCACAAUUACUACUUCAUCAAUUAUCGGCUGCUGGUCAACGUGGUCAAGUACAAGCUGGACCACAUGCGGAGACGUAUUGAGACGGACGAACGUGACUCCACCAACAGAGCAUCAUUCCACUGUCCCAACUGCCGCAGCACGUUCACUGACCUGGAGGCCAACCAGCUGUUUGACCCAAUGACAGGGACGUUCCGCUGUACAUUCUGCCAGACUGAGGUGGAGGAGGACGAGUCUGCCGUGCCAAAGAAAGAUGCACGGACACUGGUUGCCCGCUUCAAUGAGCAGAUCGAGCCCAUUUACGUGUUGCUACGGGAGACUGAGGAUGUCAACCUGUCGCAUGAGCUACUGGAGCCAGAGCCGACAGAAAUCCCUGCUCUGAAACAGAGUCGAGAGCGUGCAGCAGCAUCCGGAGGACCGGCAGGGGCCGGAGCUGCAGGUCGGGAGGUCUGGAGGACGAAGGGUUCGUCUUACGCGGAUCUGUACACGCAGAACGUCGUGAUCAAUAUGGAGGAGCAGGAGAGCCAGCAGGCCCGGGCAGCCGAGGCCAAAGCCCCCAAAGAGAGACCGGUGUGGCUGACUCAGAGUACAGUGCGGGGUGCCUACACAGAGAACGACGCCCUCAAGGCCGCUGGCGAGGACUCCAUGGUAACCCAGGAAAAUGUGGCCGGACGUGGCAAUGUGCAGGAUGAGAACGAGGAAGUGAUGCGUGCUCUGCUCAUCCAUGAAAAGAAGAGCAUGCCCGCACCUAUGGGUGGAGCCAUUAACAAGCCCCCCAUCCCAGCAGCCAAUGCCAGUGACUCGGAGAGCGACACCAGCGAAUCAGACGAGGACUCUCCAGUCCAAGCCAUUGCUCCUCCGACCAAGCCAGUCAGACCAGACGAAAACGAGGAGGACGAGGAGGAUGAUGAGUUUGAGGAGGUGGGAGACGAUCCAGUAGUGAUGGUGGGAGGAAGACCAUACUCCUACACGGAUGUGAGCCAGAGGCCAGAGCUGGUGGAGCAGAUGAGCACUCAGGAGAAGGAAGCUUACAUCGAGAUGGGGCAAAACCUCUUUCAGGACAUGUACUUCUGAGCAACCUCUGCUCUCAAUCUCGCUCUUGCUCUCUGUCUCUUUCUCUCUCUAUCUCUAUUUCCAGCUCCUGUAAUGCUCACUUUACCACUGUAGUACCACAUCGUUGCCUUUGGAACACUGACACACACUGUGUGAGGAAUUGUGCAGAAGGUCAGUCUCCCACUGAGAGGUGCAGUAUUAUUCUGUUCUACAGGACUCCUGAUGAUAUUUCUCCUUACUCGCAUACACUGGUGCCACUCAAUCGAGGUAGUUUUGCCUUGAAUUACAGAACACACACACACACAGGUGUUUGCUUUUCUGCUGUGGUUUUCAGUCCACACUCUCUUGGGCAAAUAGAAGAGGGUUCAGUGUUUAAGUUAACGGCCUGGAUGCAGACCUUCCAGAAUGGUCAGAUAAUUAAAAACAUUUUCACUCAGGAGGGUCUUGAUGAUGAUGAUGAUGAUGAUGAUUUUAGCAUUUUAAACAGCAUAAGUAUACAUAUUAGUGACCUAGGUGGUCAGUGGUACCAUUUCAGUUGCAAUACUAGCACUCUAUCAUUAUGGAUGAAAGUUUAAAGGUGUACUUUUUUUUUUCUUUAAAAGCAUCUCAUUUACGUGUUGUCUAAACUUAUGUUUUGAGGUUACCAGAUGUUUGUGUGUCUAGUAUUGGGUUACUCCAAGCAUCACUGGACAUUGUAGUUUACUAGAUUAGACAUCUAAUUUCUUUAACUCCGAUAUGGAUGCAGUCAUUUUAGUUUAGUGAAGUGUGUAAGAAAAUGUUUUGUUUUCCCCUUGUGUUUGUUUUUAAUUAUCGACUAUUUCAUUUCUGCAUUUAAACUUUCAAGCACAUUAUAUUAAGAUAAAGCUGAUGCUCUCAGAAAAUAAAAAUGACUUAAAGAAAAAAAACCCAAACAAAUGAAUGCUUUAAUAGUGCAUUCUAUAUUAGCAGUCUAGGUCUUUUAUUAUAUACACUCACCGAGCACUUUUAUUAGGAACACUACACUAAUACUGGUUAAAGGUUUUCUUUCCUCUCUGAACGAUUUCAGUUCUUCAUGGCCUGGACACAUUUCGUUGAGAUGAUGGCACUACACAGUUCCUGCUGGUUUUUCAGCUGAGCUUUCCUGCUUUGAAUCUCUCGUUCAGAUCCAGUGACUGGGAAGAUCACUGAAGAACACUGAACUCAUUGCCAUGUUCAUGACACCAGUUUUCUAUGACUUUCGCUUUGUGACCUGGUGGAAGUUGCUAUUAGAAGAUAUAAAUUGUGGCCAUGAAAGAAAGCACAUGGUCAGCAACAAUACUCAAAUAGGACCCAAAAUGUGGCAAGAAAACUCCCCACACCAUUACACCACCUUCACCAGCCUGGACUGUUGACACAAGACACAUUUCUUCAGUCUUCAACUGUCCAGUUUUGGUGAGUCUGUGCCCUCUGCAGCCUCAGCUUUAAGUUCUUGGCCGUCAGAAGUUGAACCUCAUGUGGUCUUCUGCUGUUGUAAUCCGUCUGCCUCAGGGUUUUGACCUGUUGUGCAUUCCAAGAUGCUUUUCUGCUCACCACAAUCGUACAGAGUGAUUAUCCGAGGUCCUGCAGCCUUUCUGUCGACUCUACUCGAUCUCCAUUGUCCUCUCUCACCAACAAGAUGCAGAUCUACUGCUCCCUGGAUUGUGCUACAGUCAGAAUCACUGAGAUCACUUUUUCUCCCAUUCUGAUGGUUGAUGUGAAGAUUACCUGGAGCUGCUGGCUGCAUAAUUGCACUGCUGCCACAUGAUUGGCUGAUUAGAUAAUUGCAUGAAGGUGUAAAUGUGUUCCUAAUAAAGUGCUCAGUGAGUGUAUAUGUAUCUUCAAGAUGGUCACAUGGUAUUAAGCAUUUCAUUAAAUCUCCUUCAUCUUCCUGCUAUUUCUUCUACGCCUUGCUCCUCUUUCUGGACAGUAUUUAGGGAAUAUGUAAUGAAAGUUAUAUACACCUUACAUUGCGAAACAAGCAGUCUUCUCUCUUUCUGUAAGCAAAUGUACAUCGUUUAAUUGAAUAUGAACACAUGAUUUUUUUUAAGGCUGAUGGGAGGGGUGGGUUAAAUGGACUUUAACAGCAAUAAAGAGCUGUUGGUAAA